AUGCGCCCAGCUUCCUCCAUAUGCGUCCGAUGCGAGAAAUCAUCUCUUGCUUGCACCAAUUCCCGACAGCAACUACGUGCAGGGCGCCCGCCGAAACAAGGACAUCCUGGGGUAGCGAAAGGGUCACUCGCCAUAUGGGAUUAUGCCCUAUCAGAGGGUAGCCCUGAGGAGCAAUGUCACGAGGAGCCCCAGAUCGUAAUCAAGUCUAGCCUAGUCAAGGAUGCAGAAGAACGGUCUCCCUCGGACUCCACACAUUCGGGCUCCUCCCCGCACCUAGAGGUUGAGAACUUCUAUCUUCUGCAUGACAUCUAUAUGUUUGGAUUUACGUUUGCAAAAGAUUUCCAACGAGCCCUGGAAUACUGCCACCGUCAUUCCGCGAAUCUGUUGGAUGAAAUCUUCGCUGCUAUCAGUAGCUGUCUUUCGUGGGCCCGUUUGGGCUUGCUCACAGCCGAUCAAGUCGAUGUCAGGAGCGGCGCUGCUUCCGUACAGAAGCUUAGAAAUGCCGUCAUUACGCAUACCCAUGACGCACUCGCAGUUCUAAUGUUGGGGCAGGCUUUAGCUGCGUUUGAUUCCGUGGUCACAUCCACAGGAGAAAUCUCAAUCCUCCGAUGCUCUUUGUCCCUUACUCGCCCAUGGUAUCCGGAUAUUGCUCACAACCGAUUUCUAGAAACCAUCACGAUCGCACCGAUCUUUUGGGACACAGUAUGGUGCCUACUUCAUCGUGAGGUCCCUGUGAUUCGACCGCUGUUCAGCCGUACAGGAGUCGUUGAUCGAGUGGCAGGCCUCUGUACAUCGCUGCUGCCGAUACUCUAUGAUCUGUGUGUUGUCAGCCAGCAACUGGCAGAUGGAUCUGCUCAGGAAACGACCCUUGAAGAGGUUGAGCACCAGAUUUUGACCUGGUCGCCUGAUGAGUCUACUCUCUGUUUGGAGGCGUAUAGCGAGCUGGAGAUAUUAUCAAUGCGCACACAGGCAAUGAUGUAUCGAACCGCUGGCCUGCUUCUAAUCCAUCGACUCCGCCAUCCACUGACUUUUGAGGAUACGACUGCAACUGCUCUAGCUAGUGAUAUUCUUGACGCUAGAAGCCGAUUCUUUGCGGAUGCCGGAACCGAUGCUAAGUUACAAAAUACGACUUUCCCACUAUUCCUUGCCCUGCUAGAAAUUCCCGUUUCGCUGGAAGGCCUCUGGGAGAGCUCAACAUGGCUUCGCGCCCGACCAGCCUGUGUGGACCGUUUGCAUGCCUUCAACCAGUAUUACUGGGAUCAGCGACGGUCGGGAUUCAAUGGCUCGCUCUUUGAACUUAUAGAAAGCGGUCCCGAAUUUGUUCCGGGUCCAUGA